CCGGUGCCCGUCUGGGGAGGGAGCCGGCGGAGGGGGUAAGCUGCGAUCGCGAGCAGGAACCGGCGGCAGCCGAGGCCCAGUGGGGGCCACAGCACUUAGCAUGGAGUCCAUGUUUGAAGACGACAUCAGCAUCCUGACGCAGGAGGCCCUAGGGCCCAGCGAGGUGUGGCUCGAUGGUCCUGGAGACCCCUCACUGGGAGGUGACAUGUGCUCUGCCUCCCACUUUGCCCUCAUCACCGCCUAUGGAGACAUCAAGGAACGGCUAGGAGGCCUGGAGAGGGAGAACGCCACACUCCGCCGCCGCCUCAAAGUCUAUGAGAUCAAGUACCCGUUGAUCAGUGACUUUGGAGAAGAGCACGGCUUCUCUCUGUAUGAAAUAAAGGAUGGCUCCUUGCUGGAAGUGGAGAAGGUUAGUCUGCAGCAGCGGCUCAACCAGUUCCAACAUGAGUUGCAGAAGAAUAAGGAGCAGGAAGAACAGCUUGGGGAGAUGAUCCAGGCAUACGAGAAACUGUGUGUGGAGAAGAGCGACUUAGAGACGGAGCUUGGGGAGAUGCGGGCCCUAGUAGAAACCCACCUGCGGCAGAUCUGUGGUUUGGAGCAACAGUUGCGGCAGCAGCAAGGCCUGCAGGACGCAUCGUUUUCCAGCCUGAGCCCCCCACCCGCCCCCGCCCCACCCUGUGCUGACCUGGACCUGCACUACCUGGCGUUGAGAGGAGGCCCUGCCUUGAGUCAUGCAGGCUGGCCUGGCCCCACACCAAGUGUGAGCGAGCUGGAGAGGAGGCGGCUGGAAGAGGCCCUGGAGGCGGCACAGGGGGAGGCCCGGGGGGCCCAGCUUCGGGAAGAGCAGCUCCAAGCCGAAUGUGAGCGGCUCCAGGGGGAGCUGAAACAGCUGCAGGAGACUCGGGCCCAGGACCUGGCCUCCAAUCAAUCGGAAAGAGACAUGGCGUGGGUGAAGAGAGUGGGGGAUGACCAGGUGAAUUUGGCCCUGGCCUACACCGAGCUGACGGAGGAGCUGGGCCGGCUCAGGGAGUUGAGCUCCCUGCAAGGGAGGAUCUUGAGGACCUUGUUGCAGGAGCAGGCCCGGAGCGGAGGUCAGAGGCACUCGCCGCUGUCGCAGCGCCACUCCCCGUCCCCCCAGUGCCCCUCGCCCUCGCCGCCCUCCCGAGGGGCACCCCCGUGCGCCCCGUGCCAGUCGCCCGCCCCGCAGCGCCGCUCCCCGGUGCCCCCGUGCCCCUCGCCCCAGCAGCGCCGCUCGCCGGCCUCGCCCUCCUGCCCCUCGCCCGUCCCGCAGCGCCGCUCGCCGGUGCCGCCGCCCUGCCAGUCCCCCAGCCCGCAGCGCCGCUCGCCGGUGCCCCCCAGCUGCCCGGCCCCGCAGCCCCGGCCGCCGCGCCCCCCGCCGCCGCCGGGGGAGAGGCCGCUGGCCGAGCGCGCCUACGCCAAGCCGCCCAGCCACCACGUGAAGGCCGGCUUCCAGGGCCGCCGCAGCUACUCGGAGCUGGCGGAGGGCGCGGCCUACGCGGGCGCCUCCCCGGCCUGGCUGCAGGCCGAGGCGGCCACGCUCCCCAAGCCCCGCGCCUACGGCGAGCUCUACGGGCCCGGCCGGCCGCUCAGCCCGCGGCGCGCCUUCGAGGGCAUCCGGCUGCGCUUCGAGAAGCAGCCGUCGGAGGAGGAGGAGUGGGCCGUGCCCGCCAGCCCGCCCAGCCCCGAGGCGGGCACCAUCCGCUGCGCCUCCUUCUGCGCCGGCUUCCCCAUCCCCGAGUCGCCGGCAGCCACCGCCUAUGCCCACGCCGAGCACGCGCAGUCCUGGCCGUCCAUCAACCUGCUGAUGGAGACCGUGGGCUCCGACAUCCGAAGUUGCCCCCUCUGCCAGCUGGGUUUCCCUGUCGGGUACCCAGACGAUGCCCUCAUCAAACACAUUGACUCCCACCUGGAGAACAGCAAGAUCUAGGGCACCUCCCCCUAUCUGGCUGUUUCUCCGUCCGUCCCCUCUCAUCACCCCCAAAACUCACUGAAUGCUGCAUGAAUCUCGUGGGGGGCCCCUGCCCCUUGCGGUCCCCAGAUACCUCCACUAGCUACUGAGUCUAAUGUGAGUGCCAUCUUCCCUGGUCUAGGCACCACUCAGCUCUGGCUCUUCCCAGGAGGUCCGACAAGACACCCCCCCCACACCCCCAUCCUCCCAGUUUCCCCUGGAGUGAUGGGGAACAGUGCUGGGAUGGGGAGGGGCAGAGCCCCAGGCCUCUCCCUCUGUCCUUCAACAAGAUCAGAUCCUGGGAGGUAUCUCCUGCUUGGGCCUGGGGGGAGGGGAAGGUUUCAGAUGACUCCUGGAGCACCUGAGCCCCUCCCCCAGAGGCCCAUCUAACCUAGGCAGCCAGCGCUCUUCCAGGGAGCACCUCCCAGGGGGGGUUCCACAGCCUGCCCUGCACAGAGAUGCAGAUCCUCCAUCCCGCCCGUGGCUGGCCUUGGAGGAAGGAGGCAUUCUAGUUCUUGCCAGUCCCUGGAGGCCAGCCCUGUUCUUCCCCUCUGCCCCCGCCCCUGAGGAACAGGGAGAGAGGAAGAGGAGAGGGAGGACCAUCCCAAAGAGGCUGUCCUGGGGCUUGAGGUCCUGUACCUUUGCCCUCAGACUGCAGGGCUGUCUGCCAGCCUCCCAGGCCCCCCUCCUGGCACCCCUGGCACUGAGGCACAGAUCAUCAAGCAGAUGCCCUCCACACACACACACACACACACACACACACACACACUAGAGCCCCUGUAUGACUCAGCCUCUCAAUUUCCGGGUGGGUGUCACCAGCCCCUGCCUCCUAGGCCAGAACUUGAGAAAUGGGCCCAGGGUGCUGUGGAGAUCAACUUCAAAAGAGCUAACCCCUUUUCCUCAUCCCCACAUUCUCCCUGUGAAAUCUACCUCAGAGUCGUCCCCUCAGAAGGACAGGCGAGCAGAGGCCGUGGGGGCCCCAGGCUGAGGUGGGGAGCCUCCAGUACAGGAGCCCGCUGCCCACAAUGAAUCCACCCUCCACUACAAGCCUCCUCCAGGCCUCGGGCCCCAGGCCGGCGGCAGUAGACACUGCUGCCAGCGCGCAUGUGCCGUUCUGAUCCAAAUCUUCCAGGCCCCUUCCCCGUGCCCCUCUCACCCUCAGGGCAGGGGCGUGUGUAUAAAGGGGUGAGUUGGGCAGGGAAGGGACCAAGGACUCCAGAGACACAUGUCAUUGUACCCUGAGUGUUCCCCAGAGAGGGGACAUGGGGAAGGGGAGCCUGGAGAGGGGAGAGGGGACCCUACGCUCUCUGACAGUUGAAAGUCCAAAUAAAAACUUACCUGU